CAUAACUUUGUCGAACUUCGUUGGUUUGUUUACACUGUGCGGUCUGUCUGUUAUCUUGUUGUAAUUUGAAGCAACUUUGUUUUGGUUUCGGUUUUUUUCCUGUUUCUUGCUUUUUUGGUGCAAAAUCAGUUGUAAGACCCUCAAAAUGAUUUUCGUUUGGGAUUGGGAUUGUAACUAUCCUUCCAGUGACGAUGAGUUUGAAGAAAAUUUGCUUCAGAUGCUCAGCGAUUCUGAUUAUUCUGUUUCCAGUGAUGACGAAUUUGAAGAAACGCCAGUUCAGAUGUCCAGUGGGUCGGGUUGUAUUCCUUCCAGUCAUAAUCAGUCUGAAGCAACAUUAGUUCAGAGGACUGAGAGAGACAAGGAAGACGAUGAUUUCAGUCAGUCUAAAGGAACAUUAGCUCAGAAUAGUAAGAGACAGAAGGAAGAAGAUUUUCUCGUUCAGUCUGAAGCAACGUCAGUUCAGAGGAGUAAAAGACAGAAGAAAGAUGAUUAUUUCGAUCUCGUGGUGCCGCAGUAUAGUGAUGCCGUGUUUUUGGAACAUUUCCGUGUACGACGCCACAUUGCAGAGUACAUUGCAGAAAAGUACAGAAAUUCUGCCUAUUACAACCAUCAAGCGGGUGGGAAUGGAAAACUGAUCCCCUUACAACAAAUCCUAAUUUUUUUAUGGUUUGCUGGACAUGAAACAGACACAUUCAGAAAUGUGUCAGAGAGAUUCAGCAUCUCUGCUAGUACUCUGUGCAACAUUGUGAAAAGGGUGUCACACUUCAUUAGCAAUGAAUACGUUGGUGUAAUAAAGUGGCCGUCCGCUGCAGAAAAAGCAGGCAUAGAAUCAUACUUCCGGUCAAACGGUUUGCCAGGUGUGGUUGGCGCCAUCGGCGGCACUCAUAUUAAGAUUGAUAAACCUCAAAGCGAUCCCUAUUCAUAUUUGAACACGAAACGUUUUUAUUCUAUUCAAUUGCAGAUCGUUUCCGACCACGAGCUACGUAUAAGGGACAUAUUCGUGGGUUAUCCGGGGUCAGUCGAUGACGAGACAGUGUUCAGAAAAUCACCAUUGUUUAAAAAGCUCGGAGAAAUUUGCAGCGAGUUAUGUAUUGUGGGAGACGUCGCGUACCCAUGCCUUAAGCAUUUGCUGACUCCGUACAGAAACACCGGGCAUUUAACCAGACAGCAAAAUGAUUUCAAUCUUGUACUUUCGAGAAGUACGAGUGUUGUUGAACAUUGUUUCCGUGUAUUAAAGGAGCGUUUUAAGCAGUUGUUUUAUAUUAAGUUAAGGAACAUUGAAGACAUAGUUCAUUUUAUUCGAGCUUGCUGCAUACUGCACAAUAUCGCCUUGAAAGACACCUUUGUAUUUGAAGGAAACGAAGGUGAACACGAUAAAGACGCUACAGAAGGAGAAGAAUCGGUUGACCUCGAUAUCCGACACGACGAAUUAGGGGCGGAGAAGAGGGACACGAUUGCUGCACAGUUACUAAUAUCGUACGAAGAAGAAUCGGAUGACCUCGACAUCGGAGAUGAUAAACUGGGGCUGGAAAACAGGGACAGAAUUGCCACACAGUUGCUAAUUCGAGCUGAAAAAGAAGCAGUUGACCCUGAUGACCGAGGGCUGGAAGUGAGAGAUACGAUUGAUGCACAGUUGCUAUUGUAAAAGCAGUCCCAGAUACCCCAUCACCACCCACACAUUAGAAAAUGCCCAGAAAGAUAAAUACUCCGAUACUGGUAUCUCUCUCUAGAAUGCAUUUAGUUACAUUAGCUGCCCUGUAUAAGUUUGAUAAAAUGGAACUGAACUGUGAUAUGUAAAACUACAAGUUUGCAGGACAUUUUUCGUGUUGCCACUAGGUCUGUGGUUUAAACAAAUAUUCACAAAGACUGGACUGUUUAGCUCCUUGGUGUCGAGAUCUGCAAAAUUGUGACAUCAUAUUAUUUAGACACUGAAUAUUGUCAGUGCCAAACUUAAAAGUAUUACUGGAGAAGCGAGGAAGUAGUAAUCUGUUUACCUGUUUGUGAGCAGAAAAGUGUCUGUGUCUAAAACUAAGUACCUGCAUAUCUAGUCUUUCAUCUGUUAGGACUGAAAAGAAAAUUUUGAUUUUUUUGCUUUCAGUUAGAUGAACUCAUUACAACCUUGAUUUGUUGCUCUUAAUUUUUGAGUAGUCAUGUUAGUGUUAAAAAUGUAUUUCAGUUACUAAGGAGAAGUGUUUUGAACUUUUCAUGUGUAGAAGAAACUAUUCAAGACUGAUACUGUAGCUUUUUGUUAUCUUCACAGUGUUCAUAUUGAAAGAGGGAUGUACCUGAUUAAGGUUCUUUUUUUUUGUGUAAACACCUACAUUUGUGAGCAGUGAUCUGUGUCUAAAACUAAGUAUGUGUAUACGUAGUUUUUCACCUGUUAGAAGUGAAAUGAAGAGUGUGUUUUUUUUUUAUUUUUUACAUUGAGGUACAGGAACUCGUUACAAAUUUGACUUGUUGCUCUUCAUUUCUGAGCAUUCCUCUCCCCUUCUCCCCCCCCCCCCUCCCCCCUCCCCUAUCCACUUCCAGAUUACUAAACAGAACUGUUUGUAAACUGUUCACAUGUGGAAGAAGCUGCAAGACUGGUAAUGAAGCUUUUUAUGAUGGGAAAUGAAAUUCAUUCUCUCUGCUUCAGUUGCCACUUUUGUACACUGUUAGAUCUGUGCCCUGGACAAAUAUUUGCAAAGGCUGGAGUGUUUAGCAAAUUAGUGUAAAGCUCUUCGGAGUUGUAAAAUUAUGUCAUUUAGACUCCAUGUUAAUUUAAAGGCUUUACAGGAGAAGCAUGAAGGCAGUAACCUGUUUGUGUGCAGUUAAGUAUGUAUCCAGAAUGAAGUACCUGUAUAUCUAGUUUUUUCUCUGUUAGAAGAGAAAUGAUAAUUUUAAUUUUUUACUUUAAGUCACAGAAACUCAUUACAGCCUUGACUAGCUGCUCUUAAGUUCGGAGCAUUGAUGUCAGUGUUAAAAAUGUUUUGAUGUAACUAAACAGAAGUAUUUGAAAUCCUUCAUUUGUAGAAGAAGUUGUAAGAUGGAGAAUCAAGUUUUUCUGAUUAGAAAUAAAUGUUGUGUCUCUAUUUCGUAUGGUUCAAAUUUCAAGAAACUUACUUUAUUAUGAAGCUAUUUUUUUCUGCAAACAGUUGUAAAAUAUGAGCC